CUAUGCUUUCUGGGUAAAGUGCGCCCCGGUAUCCGCCCAUAUUCGCUUAAAGGAGGCCAACCUGAGCAGCUAGGCCGGACGCUGGAUCAAAUGGAAAGUUCAAUCGAUUAAUUUCCCCACUUUUUUGUUUUGUUUUGUUGUUGCAUGUACUCGCUUGCUUUUUGGGGGAAAAAAACGAGGUAGUCUGACUUAAAUGCGGGCGUUUCGGUGUGAAAUAGGAAAUGCAGAGAUCGUGUGAGACGAGAGGAUUAUCAGCUUGACUUAUUUGGUCGCUACUUCGGACGCGGAACUCCACUCGCUAAAAGGUGAAUCAUGACAGAAUAUAAGCUGGUAGUGGUGGGAGCUGGUGGUGUUGGCAAGAGUGCACUUACUAUUCAGCUCAUCCAGAAUCACUUUGUGGAUGAAUAUGACCCCACCAUUGAGGACUCUUACAGAAAGCAGGUAGUGAUCGAUGGAGAGACGUGUCUGCUGGACAUCCUGGACACUGCAGGUCAGGAGGAGUACAGCGCCAUGAGGGAUCAGUACAUGAGGACAGGCGAGGGCUUCCUCUGUGUCUUUGCCAUCAACAACACCAAGUCCUUCGAGGACAUUCACCACUAUAGAGAACAGAUUAAGCGGGUGAAGGACUCCGAGGACGUCCCCAUGGUGUUGGUGGGGAACAAGUGUGACCUCCCAUCCCGGACAGUGGACACCAAGCAGGCUCAGGACUUAGCACGCAGCUAUGGCAUUCCCUUUAUCGAGACCUCAGCCAAAACCAGACAGGGCGUUGAUGAUGCCUUUUACACAUUAGUGAGAGAAAUCCGGAAGCAUAAGGAGAAGAUGAGCAAGGAGGGCAAAAAGAAGAAAAAGAAGUCCAAGACAAAGUGUACACUUAUGUGAAUAAUCACCCCUUUUCAAGACAGACUAAAAAAAAGAACUAUGUUGAACAGUUAAAGUAAUACAUUUUGUACAUUACACUAAAUUAUUAGCCUCUUUCUCAAUACCCACCAUACUGAAUACUAAACCUGACCCCGAUUUUUCUGCCUUUCUGUUAUUUGCUACUCGGACACCAAUAAGCUUUAUUUUCAGUUUAGUGCCAGUUGCCCACUUGUUGGUCCAACAGCCUGUUUUCAUUUGAUAGGAUGAUGAUAAUGAUGAUGAUUUUCUAGAACUGCAGAGAUGUGAGCUAAUUGCAUCACAACUCAUGUUUGACAAAUGAUUCAUUAAUGAUUUUUCAAUUUUCUUUUCCCUUUGCUUAAAAGGUCAUGACCUACAAAAGUUCUGUAAUGCCCUUUUUAAGUAUGGGAUGCCAAAGAAUGAAUUUUCAUCCCGAUUCUCGUAGACAAUAGAUACGAAGAAAGGACCAACAUUCAGCCAGAUGAGAUCCAAAUGUCCCAGCCACUGUGUAAUUUCCCCAUCUCUAAUGACCUCUAGGUAUGACUUAGUUAUGUCACUGAUAUAAGUAUGCAUGCAAACUCCUACUCUUCUCCGAAUGUUUUAACACCCUAAUUAGCUAUUAAUUAAUUUGCAACUUGUCAAUGCUUUGUACUGUGUGGGGAGUGAUUUCUUGCCUACAUGAGAUGUUUUUGUUUUUUUUUCUUUUGCAUGCAUUGUGUCCUAGAUGACAUGGGUAUUGCAAACUGCCUCUGGUCGAUGCGUUUUAACAGAGCCAACAACGAUGAACUCUGACCCAAGUGGACAUCAUACAGUCUAGUUUUUCAGGUUUAUAUAAAGUAAACUGUACUUGUGUUUGUCAGAAAGAAAUCGGCCACCUUUGCUUGAUUAAUGACACAUUCAGAGAUCCAAAUCUGUACCCGUUCUGUUAUAAUGAAAUGGGACUAGCAGCCAGGGUUUGUCAGCCAUGCAGUCUUUUUAUGUUGCAGGGAUCCAUGCCUCUUCACAAUCUAAUGUCUGAACAGCUUGUUUGACCUCACAGGUCACACAUUUCCUGCUUUCUUUACUCUAAAUGCUCGACUGCAGGAUUAGUUAAAUUCAUCCUGACGACAACAACAGUUUAAUUGCUUUUCAUUACAAAACAAUUCAAGAGUUCUCCUGUCAACAUUCUCCUGAUUGAGGCAUUCAUAUUUACCCAGUAUGAGGCCCCUUUUAUCAGGAUUUGUGAUUCUACAGUAGCUGGCCAUAGAGGUGUCAUGCCUUGCACAUUUCCUAAGCUGUUGACUCGUUCGCUUGUGACUGGCUAGAAAGCAGACUGCAUCUUUUAAGUAGCUUUCAGGAAUAUUUCUCUUGGUGUGGUGUCACAGAGGUUGUUCAAAAUGUUGUCCAAAUGGAUUUUCAGAUUGUUCCUUUUAUGGAGCUUUUGAAAGAACUUUUGGAUUAAUUGAAAGUGUUGAAAUUGUUUGGUGGGCUGCCUUUCAACAGGAAUGAUUGUCCAGCAAAAUAAUUUGUAAUUUUACUCUCACAAAGCUUGUGUAUCGUGGUGAUGUAACUGGAACUGAUGUUUGUAAAUGAGGCACUAAUUUGCCAUUAAAUUGGUUUUUAGAGAAAAUUGUCUGAUUCCAAAAAAAAAAGGGCCUAGUUUAUUUCCCAGGUCAACACAUAUUUCACGUUUUCCAUCGUAUUUACAACCUGUUCCCCUGGGGAUUUUUUUAUUUGCCUUUUUUAUGUUUGCAUUAGGUGCUACAUUUAGACGGUAGAAAAAGCAGAGACAACAUUUACUUUGUCCUGUGUGUGCUCAAGAUACACAAAAUGCUGUUUUAGGGGAGCAAAGUUAUUGACACAGAAAAUCCAGACAUGAUACAUUUUGCUUUCAGGAUUAAUGAAUUUUGACCCAGUUUAUUAUUACCUCCUUUUUUUUCAUGAAGUAGAUAACUGUUAAUGCAAUUUUAAUUAUGGAACCCUCUUGUUAACAAUACUGUUUCAAAAGUAGUUUUACUGAAAUGUUCCUCUUCCUUUAUUGCGUGCCAACAGCUGAUUUCUGAAAUGUAUCAUUUAUACCUGGAUCAUAUUUUAACAACCUUUGUAUAGUUGUGAUACUGAAAGGUGCAUAUUUUGUAAAUUGUGCUUCAUUUCGUUGGUGUGUCUAAAUGAAUGUUGCUUUAAUGGAGUUUCACUCCGCUCUGUGUAUGUGACUAGAGAGUGUGACUGGGUCCAGGUCUAGGGAAGUGAAUGAAUGACCACUUUACAACACACCUGUUGUGGGCAGUGUAGAGUGGUGAUCUGAUCUCAAAUGAGUCUAUUUUUUGCCAUGAAUCUCACCACUCCUAUUUAAUGUGUAAUAAAGAACAAAGUAAAGAGGAA